CACCUGGCGGAAUCCACGAACCGGGGAUAGUAUAAAAUUGAGCGCAGAUGCGUUACCAAUUAUCAGUGUGGCAGUGUCUCGUGGAUCACAAACAACACGCAGCCAACAAUGAAGGUCUUUCUAGUACUAUGUGCACUUACGGUGUGCACAUCAGCCACUCUCGACAAGCUUUUCAAGAAAAAGGACUUCGACAUCAGCGGGCUGUUUGAUGGUCUGUUCGAAAAGGACAAGCAUCAUGGGCCACCGCCACGCCCAGUCUACGGCCCUCCACCAGUGCACCGUGCCCCACCGCCGGUGUACGGACCGCCGCCACAACCUGUCUACGGACCACCCGCACCUGUGUACGGGCCACCGCCCGCACCGGUUUACGGACCUCCGCCGCCAGUACAUCACGCACCGCCACCACCACCACCGCCACCACCGCGUCCAGUGUAUGGUCCACCACCGCAAGCAUACCAUGCCCCACCACCACGCCCAGUCUAUGGACCUCCGCCAGUACAUCAUGCUCCGCCGCCGCCACCACCACCACGCCCAGUGUACGGCCCACCGGCUCCAGUGCACCACGCACCUCCGCCACCACCACCACCACCACCACCACCGCCACCACGCCCAGUCUACGGACCUCCGCCAGUACAUCAUGCACCUCCGCCACCACCACCACCCCCACCACAGCAGUACGGACCCCCACCAGCACCGGUCUACCAUGCGCCACCACCAGCCCCGGUCUACCAUGCACCUCCGCCACCGCCCGUCUACAACCCUCCUCCACCACCGCCAGUCUACAACGCUCCCCCGCCCGCACCCGUAUACCAGGCCCCGGUGUACAGUGCUCCAGCUCCUCCGCCACCACCACCACCACCACCACCGCCACAAGUAUACAAUGCGCCUGUUUCGCACCCGGAGCCAAUCCAGCUGCUGCCUCUGCAAAACAAUCCUGUUAGCUUCUCUGGUGCUAGCUCGGCUUCGGUUGCUUCGGGCUCCGUCACCGACGAUGGCUAUCACUAUGGCGUUGGUCAUGGCUCUGGUCACUAGUGCUGCUGCUACCAGUGGUACCAUCCUUCAGCCCAUUCUUUUCGUCCUCUCCCUUUGCCCUAUACCCAACUUCGCUGUUUUCACCCUUCCUUCCCAUCUACUAGACAGCCUGAAAGGGAAACGAAUCCGCUCGUGGAUUGUACAAUACCAAAAGUAUGUUUUAUUAUGUUGAUUGGCUCACGAACUGUAACUUACGCCCCGGGUCGCGCACUGUCGCGGUUCGACCUACCCUCACCAUACACUGAGCGAGUCACAGUCACCGGAUAUUGGCCGAUCACACGUACGCAUCGUAUCGCUGUGCAAAAGCUGAUCACCAGAGAUCACCAGAUUGAUCAUUCCAACAACCAUUAGGCGAGGUACAGUGAACGAUCGGAAGUUGGUGUUGUUUUUUAAGUAAAGAAUAGCCAACUUAACCAAGUAUAAACCGAAUCAUAGGGACCGUGCCAGCAAAUGUUGCGGCGGUUUCUGCAACACACAGAUGUACAAAUAGCAACGAAGCGACCCUAAUUCGCGUGAGGCUACCAGACCUGCAUGAACGCACGGCGGUGAAUUAGUGCUGUCUUCAACUUCGAUAAGCUCAACCGUGGUAGUUCCGAUCAUCGGUUACCAUUUGCCAUAACAGUGCUUUUCAAGCGGUAUGCUACAUGUACUGAAUUCAAUUUCUAAUAAAAAAACGGUAUAUUUUAUCGACGGUGUUAA